AUGGCAAAAACUUCAGGUUCAGGAGAGACCAACUUGAAGGAAGUGAAUACUAUAACCACUAGAUCUGGAAAAGUCAUAGAACCAAUCUCCAAACCUAGGGAAAGUGAGAAAGAUCCCAGUAGCAUAGAAGAGAGCGCCCCUAGUGGGGAGGUACCGAAAAAUUCAUCUAGAGUGCCCUUUCCUCAAGCCCUAAAGUCGACCUCGAAAUUUGCUAGUGAACACAGUGAAAUCUUAGAGCACCUCAAGCAAGUAAAAGUCAAUCUAUCUCUCUUGCACGUGAUUUCCCAGGUCCCCACAUAUGUUAAAGUCUUUAAGGACUUGUGUACUAUAAAAAGGAAGCACCAUAUCAAGAAAACCACCUUCUUGGCUAAACAUGUGAGUGUCGUAAUUGAACAAAAUUCUCACCAAAGUAUAAGGACCCUGGAUGUCCUAUUGAUCAUAGGGAACGAUGAGAUUUUACAAGCUCUCCUCGACUUAGGGGCUAGUGUCAACAUCAUGCCUUAUGCUAUAUACUCGACGUUAUGUCUAGGUGAGAUCAAACCUACUACGGUGGUCCUACAACAGGCUGAUUGGUCCACUAUUAAACCUAGGGAAGUAGUUGAGGAUGUGAUAGUAGAGAUUGACAAAUUUUGCUGCCCUAUGGAUUUUUUAGUUUUUGAUGUGAAAGUAGAUGUGAAUGUUAUCUCCAAGAUUCUCAUUAUUCUUGGUAGACCUUUUCUUGCUACAGCUAACGCUUUUAUCAAUUGCAGGAAUAAUUUGAUAAAGCUAUCUUUUGGGAACAUGACCUUAGACGUCAACAUCUUUCACAUCAUGAAACAGUUUGAGGAAGAUGGUAAGUGUCAUCAAACAUACAUGAUUGAUACACUCGUUGAGGAAGAAGCACAUGCGCUUAUUGACCCCGGCCCUUUAAAUUAUUUCCUUUUAAAUUCUGAAAUUUCCACAAGGUAUGAUAAUGGGGAAUAUGCUGAUAUUUGUGCUACUUUUGAUGAUUUUCAAGAUUAUGGGACACCACCAGUGACUACUUCCAAUGAGUUUGGUACAAAGUGCCGAAGCUUUACUCAAACUGCAUUACAACCCUUUACAUUGACUACUUUGAUCCCAAGUAUGGUUGAAAUACGACAUCCUAAAACUAUACUACAACUACGGCAUUAUUCUUUGGGCGUAAUCAGUUAUGUAAUGGAGAGCAUGAGUCCAUAUGUUGUACCAAUGUUGCUUGUGCCAAAGAAAGAUGGGUCAUGGAGAAUUUGCAUAGAUCGCAAAGCCAUCAAUAACUGA